GGGGAGUGAGCAACGUUUUGUGGGCUGGGCAUAAUUUUUUUGGUACUUAUACACAGGAAAGGGAAGCACGCCCGUUUCGCACAGAACAAACAGUGGUCUGACCGGUAACUCCUGCGUCGGCUCCGUUCUGCGGGGGGGGGGGGUGUGUGAAGAAAGCCGCCAAUUACAACUCCCCGGGGUUGAGCCAAAGCUCCUCUCCAGUCCGGAAGAACCGCGUGAUCUUUCCUUUCGAGAUGGCGGUGAAGCUGGCGCUGCUUUUGGUCUGGCUGGCCUUCUCGUCGAAGGUUGAAUCUCCACCGAGGAACCUUUACUGUAGUCCUGGAGAAUAUGCAGAUUCUAGAGGGCAUUGCUGCAAACUGUGCCCUGCAGGUACUUACAUUGGUCACAGCUGCAUCUCUCCACAUACGUCUGGGAUUUGUGCAUCCUGCAUCGAAGGAGUAGACUUCACUGCUCAUCCAAAUGGACUUGAACAAUGCUUCCUUUGUGAUGAAUGCAAAUCUGAUAAGAGAAUGGUGAGGCCCUGCACUGUGAAGAGUAACACUGAAUGUCAGUGUAAUGAUGGCCAUUACUGUCCUCCAAGCUGUGAGAAAUGUGUCAGGUGCAAGACAAAGUGUCCUGAAGGGCAGAUAAUUGUACAAAAGUGCAAUGCCACUACAGAUGCGAAGUGUGGCUCACCUCCUACAGAAUCUGUGGAUGCUGCUACACCCAUUGUGACUAUUGGCUUGCCGUUGCUUGUCAUUGUCAUUGUUGGCUUUGUUUGUGUUUUGAUUUAUUUCUUCUGCUGUCGCCCUAGAAGAAACUGUCUCUCUAAAAAGGAAGAAGAAAAAGAUUCUAAAGAUUGUUUGCUGUUUGGUACCAGUGAGAGUCAGAGGGGACAGCUAAGUACUGUAUCAAAAAAUGAGUUGCCUGGGAACGCUGAGAAAAGCAACUUGGCACUGGGCAACACAAAUGAAGUACCUGCUUCUGAGAACGUUCCAUCUGCUCCACCACUGCAAAUGUCAGAUGAUUCUGCCACUGCAAGUCUGCAGUCAAAUUUGCAGGAAUCAAAGAAACGUCCCGUGGUGUUAGUAAAAAAGUCUUCUUGUCCUAAUGAGCUAAGUGAAAUCUAUUUGGAAUCAAAUAAUAUGGUACCAGUAGACGAAUGGAACAUGCUUAUGAGAAAAAGUGGCUUAACAGACAUUGCAAUUGAAAAAAUAAAGUGUGAUUAUUUAUAUACUGACGAACGACGUCAUCAGAUGUUAAAAGCAUUGCAAGCCAGAUUUGGAAUUAAGGAUGCUUUACUUCAUUUAUUAAAUGGCCUAUGGGAUAUGAAAUUUAUGCAUGUUUAUGAAAAUCUAACAAAUGAAUUAAUAAGGAAAGAUAUAAUAACACUGGAAACCACAGACUAAUGUCUUGGUUUUUUAAAUAAAACUGUACAAGAACAGAAUCUGCAAACUACAGAAUGUAAAGGUCUGACUUUUACACAUGACCAUUUUUUACUGCAUGUUACUUUUUGCUGAGGAUGUAUAAGCUGAAAACACAGCUAUUAAAUAUGGAGACCGGUUCCAUUUGUCUGGAGGACAGAAUAAGGCAUGAUGCAUAUAUACAGAUGGGUAUUUUGUAACAUCGAAACUUGACAGUGAUUGUACCUGAACUUCUGUUAACUGCUGCACUUGAACACUUUUGCAAAGGAAGUUGUGCAGACUUCAGAAGACAAUUUGUUUGUCAUCCAUACUGAGAAGAUAGAAAAAUUAAUGUACAGUGCAAAAUGACACAACUUUAAAUACUUAAAAUGUGUUUAUUAUUGUGACCAAACUUCAGUGUAAGGUUUUUACAUUAAUUACAAAAUGUAUUUAUUAACGUUGAUCAGGCUAAAACUGGACAUAACAGUUUUUGCUUUGAGCCAGAACCCCUGUGCUUAUAGAAUCUUUUAUGUAGAAGUGUUGUUCCACUAAAGGGGGGGGGGAAAUAAUGGAAGCAAGGCAGUUCUAUGUCUGCAUUGGCAACACUAUGGUGCACAAGAGAGUAAUGGAUGGAUGGGCUGCUGUUAAAUCUUGUGCUUUUCAAAUGAAAUCUUAGAAUCAUGCAAUUAAUUCUUUUAAGAACAAUUCUUUAACUACCUUUUGUAAGGAUUUUCUAAUAAAAUACUUGUCAUUAAAAAAC